AUGCUACCUCUGAAUCCACGGAAAGCAGAAGCAAAGUAUUCAGCGGUAGAUGAACUGGCUACUAUGAAACUUUGGCAUCAGCGUCUUGGACACACCUGUGAACAGUAUUUGAAGACCAUGGUUGAUCAAGGCUUUGUCCAUGAUAACGAGGCGUCCGGUGUCGACGCAUCAGUCACGGGCGAUGCCACUUAUGAUAUUCUUGGCACCGAGGCGACGGAUGGGAUGGUCGACGGUGACGACGGUGACUACGGUGGUUCUGCCCGAGACAUCCGUCGUGAUGAAAUGGAUAGUGCGUAUCACGACGAUGAUGAUGUUAGUGGUGACUCCGAUACUGAUUUUGAUGGUGAUGCCGAAGAUCAGGAUUUUGUAGAUACCAGGAGUGAUGUUUUGGAAUUUAAUGAUGCUGGGGUCGACGAUAAUCCUGCCGAUUUAUUUACGAAAGCACUCGAUGAGAAGCGUCUUGCACGAUUGUCCAAUUUAAUGGGCGUUCAGAAGGAAGAUGUGCGAGAUGGAUAUCUCGAGAGAGGCGUGUUGAUAUAA